AUGGCCCAGUUCUACUACAAAAGAAGCGUCAAUGCUCCCUACAGAGAUCGUAUCCCUCUUCGCAUUGUACGGGCAGAAUCCGAACUGUCUCAUUCAGAGAAAGCCUAUCUGAAUGCCGUGGAGAAAGGAGAUUACGCCAGUGUAAAGAAAGCUUUGGAGGAGGCAGAAAUUUAUUUCAAGAUCAAUAUUAACUGCAUUGAUCCCCUGGGAAGAACUGCACUCCUUAUUGCAAUUGAAAAUGAGAACCUUGAGCUCAUUGAGCUGCUCUUAAGUUUUAACGUGUAUGUGGGAGAUGCUCUGUUGCAUGCCAUACGGAAGGAGGUGGUUGGGGCCGUGGAGCUGCUGUUAAAUCACAAGAAGCCCAGUGGAGAGAAGCAGGUGCCACCAGUGCUUCUGGACAAGCAGUUUUCAGAAUUUACGCCGGAUAUCACACCUAUUAUUCUGGCUGCCCACACCAACAAUUAUGAAAUCAUCAAGCUCCUUGUGCAGAAAGGGGUGUCUGUGCCCAGGCCACACGAGGUGCGCUGUAACUGUGUCGAAUGUGUCUCCAGCUCAGAUGUGGACAGCCUCCGCCACUCUCGGUCCAGACUCAAUAUCUACAAGGCUCUGGCGAGCCCAUCAUUGAUUGCUUUGUCCAGUGAGGAUCCUUUCCUUACGGCUUUUCAACUGAGCUGGGAGCUGCAGGAACUGAGCAAAGUCGAAAAUGAGUUUAAGUCAGAGUAUGAGGAACUGUCGCGGCAAUGCAAGCAAUUUGCAAAAGAUCUCCUGGAUCAGACACGGAGUUCCAGGGAAUUGGAAAUUAUUCUUAAUUACAGAGAUGAUAAUAGCUUGAUAGAAGAACAAAGUGGUAAUGAUCUUGCAAGAUUGAAACUGGCAAUUAAGUACCGUCAAAAAGAGUUUGUUGCUCAGCCCAACUGCCAGCAGCUGCUUGCAUCCCGCUGGUACGACGAGUUCCCUGGAUGGCGGAGGCGACACUGGGCGGUGAAGAUGUUGACAUGUGUUGUGAUAGGACUCCUUUUCCCAGUCUUCUCUGUGUGCUACCUGAUAGCUCCCAAAAGCCCACUGGGGCUGUUCAUCAGAAAGCCAUUUAUCAAGUUUAUCUGCCAUACUGCGUCAUACUUGACUUUUCUGUUCCUGCUGUUGCUUGCCUCUCAGCACAUCGACAGGUCAGACCUCAGCAUGCAGGGACCCCCACCAACCGUCGUCGAGUGGAUGAUAUUACCGUGGGUCCUGGGUUUUAUCUGGGGUGAAAUAAAACAGAUGUGGGAUGGUGGACUGCAGGACUACAUUCACGAUUGGUGGAACCUCAUGGAUUUUGUAAUGAACUCCUUGUACUUGGCAACAAUCUCCUUGAAAAUUGUUGCAUUUUCAAAGUAUAGUGGGUUAGUUCCACGGGAGAGCUGGGACAUGUGGCAUCCAACCCUGGUGGCUGAGGCCCUGUUUGCAAUUGCAAACAUCUUUAGCUCCCUGCGCUUGAUCUCAUUAUUCACUGCGAAUUCUCACCUGGGACCUCUGCAGAUAUCUCUAGGAAGAAUGUUGCUGGACAUUUUGAAGUUUCUUUUCAUAUACUGCCUUGUGCUGCUCGCUUUUGCAAAUGGAUUGAACCAGCUGUACUUCUACUAUGAGACAAAUGAACCUGGCAACUGCAAAGGAAUACGAUGUGAAAAGCAGAAUAAUGCAUUUUCAACGUUAUUUGAAACACUGCAGUCAUUAUUCUGGUCUAUAUUUGGACUCAUCAAUCUCUACGUGACCAAUGUGAAAGCCAGGCAUGAAUUCACUGAAUUUGUUGGGGCCACCAUGUUUGGUACCUAUAAUGUAAUAUCUCUGGUUGUUCUACUCAACAUGUUAAUAGCCAUGAUGAAUAACUCUUACCAACUCAUUGCUGAUCAUGCAGACAUUGAAUGGAAGUUCGCUCGAACAAAACUGUGGAUGAGUUAUUUUGAAGAAGGAGGAACUCUGCCCACUCCUUUUAAUGUCAUACCAAGCCCAAAAUCUUUGUGGUAUCUGAUCAAAUGGUUAUGGAGACAUCUUUUCAAGAAAAAGAUUAGAAGAAAGCCUGAAAGUUUUGGAACAAUAGGGAGACGUGCAGCUGACAAUUUGAGGAGACAUCAUCAAUACCAGGAAGUUAUGAGAAAUCUGGUUAAAAGAUACGUUGCAGCAAUGAUAAGAGAUGCCAAAACUGAGGAAGGAUUAACAGAAGAAAAUUUUAAGGAGUUAAAACAGGACAUUUCCAGCUUUCGCUUUGAAGUCCUGGGUUUGUUGAAAGGAAGCAAGCUGUCUAAUUUGCAGACUGCAAAGAUGAGCAAAGAUACUGCCUCUCUGUCAGAAAAUGAAGAAAAUAGUGAGAGUGAAGGAAACAAGAAAGGAAAGAAGAAACCCUUCAGCCUUUUUGACAUAACAACGAUGAUUCAUCCACGAUCAGCCAAUAUCACCUCUGAAGGACAUAACGUAAGCAAUGGCUCAGCAAUGAUGGUGUCAGAGUCCACUCAGGAGAAACAAAAGCGUGUGAAUUUUGUAACAGACAUAAGAAAUUUUGGGUUGUUUCACAGACGAUCAAAAACAAACUCUGUGGAGCAGAGUACAAAUAAAAUAUACACCGUUUCUGAAGAAGUUUCCCGGCAACAGGCAGAAGAACAAUGUGAGAAAACUGAUGAACUGGAAGAGGGAGAAUUGAUCAUGAACUGUGAAUUAAACUUCCGAAGUUCUGGCAAAAAAUGCGUGUUAGCUGAGUCACAAAAUACCAGUGAGUCUUUGGAUUCACAGGUAGAGGGAAGUAUUUGUGCUUCAGAAAGAGAGAAAGUGGAGUUACAGAACUCAGAACCUGCCACUCCACAGGAUCAGCUGGAUAAGGCGUUGGAGAUUAACAUUGACUCUGAUGGGAAACAGGAAACAAUUGUUCAGGGUGACUAUGUGAUAACAAGGUUGUGA